AUGAAUGAUAUUGAAAAAAUGUGGCAGGCAAGAACAGUAGAAGAUAAAUCUAAAGUAAAGGCUCUUAAACAACAAAUUCAAAAUAGAUUUAAAGAUGAAAUGGGCUUGAUAGUUGAUGUUUCGAAAUCUGGUGAUAUUGGUACCGAGGCUUUCUAUUUAAAAACAUCUCGACUUUAUGUUCAUCCUUAUUUUUGGUAUUAUAUGCCACAAUCUCUCCACCAAAUUUUAAUCCACGGUUCUGAAAUUAUUAAAAGUUUAGCAUUACCCAUUGGUAUGUAUUCUGAAGAAGUUCAAGAAGCACGCAUUAAAGAUUUUCAAAACUAUCGUGAACAUUUUGCAAGAAAAUCAUCUCGUGUGAAAACUAACCAAGAUUUGUUAAAUCGACUUCUGUGCACAUCUGAUCCAUUUAUUGCAUUUCUGAGAAAAACAGCAGGAAGUCACACCAAAACGAAAAACUUACCAGCUGGAGUUAUUGACUUAUUGAGAAACAAGAACAACAAAAAAAUAGUUAGUGAACGAGCUUCAAGUGAAAAAAGAAUCAACGAUUACGCAAAUAAAGACUACAAGCAUAACGUAAACUUUGAAAACUGCCUUAAAGAGUUAAAGUUCCGUCAAACGUCGGCGUCAACCAGUUUUUUAUCAAACAGCUUUUCAUCAAUCAACUCUGAAUCAAACAGCUUUUAUUCAAGAAUUUCUAAAAAUGCUACUUUCGCAUCUAGCAAUAAUGUAUCAAGCAAACCUGCAGCAAACACCUUUGUAUCAAAGAAACCGUUAUCAAGCAGCUUUGCACAAAAUAAAUCUGCAUCGACUAUUUCUGUAUUAAACGAGUCUGUAUCAAACAGCUUUGUGUUGAACAACUCAAAAAAUAAUUAUGUUGAAAUGGGCUUACCAAUCAACGAAAUACUUGUGACAAAAGAGAUAAUUAAAACUGGUAAUGAGAACAAUCAAGUUAUGAAAAAAAAUAGUUGUAAAAUGAUAGACUUCCAAGAAUUGAAAAAAUCUAAAGAAAAAACCGGAAAAAAAUUAAUUAAACAAUAUACUUCCUUGAUAAAAAGGCAUAAUCAUUGCUAUACUUAUGAUGGGUUUAGCGACAUGAAUAAAGGAAAAUCGUUUUACGAAAAUGAGUAUUUAUUGCCGCACGAAUAUACUUCGAUAAAACCAAUUUCUACCGUUAAAAAAGUUUAAAAAAUUAUUAAAACAGCAAAUUUCCAUUAUAGAAAUUUGCAGUAUGUUAUUAAAAAUAACUUAUAUUAAUUCAUGUUAUGAAGCUAUUUGUUAAAUCAACAAUUAAAGGAAGCUUUUAUUAAAGAACUCACAAAUAUUGCAAAG